CGCGACGUCUUUCCCCCGUAUUUCUCAUACARCGGKAUUCCCCCRAUGCRCGGUGUUAAGCWUUYUAUGCAGCUCGUGCYUGACUAUCGUGUUCACCAUCAGGCACCGUACCGACUCUCGAUCCCAGAGGCGAUGAAACUCAAGCGUCAGCUUGAGGAGCUCCUUCGACUGGGUUUCAUUAAACCCAGUAACUACCCUUGGGGUGCACCUGUCCUCUUUGCUCGCAAAGUGGACGGAACUCUCCGCCUGUGCAUCGACUACCGCGGCCUUAAUCGUUACACGGUUAAGAACAACUAUCCCAUGCCCCGUGCGGAAGAGUUGUUUGACCGUCUGGCAGGCAACCGCUUCUUCACGAAGAUCGAUCUUUGUAGCGGUUACCACCAGAUCUGCGUUGCCACAGAGGAUCAGUCGAAAACCGCCUUUCGGUCGCGCUUCGGCCACUACGAGUUCACGGUGAUGCCAUUUGUCCUCACCAAUGCCCCCGCCACCUUCCAGACGACGAUGAACGACAUCUUCAGGGACAUCCUUGAAGAAUACGUUCUCGUAUACCUGGACGACAUUUUGGUAUACAGUCGUACCUUAGAAGAUCAUCUCAGACACCUCCGCGAUGUCCUACAACGCUUACGCAAGCAUGGCUUCUAUGCCAAGCUCAGUAAGUGCCGCUUUGCCCAGAGCAAAGUGGACUUCCUAGGACACCAUGUGUCUGACCAGGGUCUCUACAUGGACAACGCGAAGAUCACUGCUAUUGCAGAGUGGCCCUUGGAGCACAUUCCGGGGAAUAAGAACAGAGCGGAUGGGUUGAGCAGGAUAAAGUGGGAGAAGUCUGGAGAAGCUAGGGAGGAGGCGCCGUCGGUAGACGGAUGCUUUGAAGAAGAUGACAUGCAGCUCCACGUUAACGCAUGGGACUUAAGAAUCAAUGAUAAUGAGGUGCGAGAAGGAAAACCUAUGUGGUAUGCACCAACGACUUUUGUGAAGGAUGAAAGGCUUAAUCAUGUAAAAGGAGCGGCGAUGACACGAAAAGGAGGGGUGGCGGGGCCUUCCAGACCAACUUCUGGCAAGGAACGGGGACGGGGAUCACGACGGGUAACCAGGGACGCAGAUGGAAUGCUGAUCUACAAGAAGGGUGAGGAAGUGUCAAUUGAAGAUUGAAGAGAUUACCACCGACCGUUUGGGGUGGAUGACCUUCAAAACAGAGAUGUGGGUUGAAUAUGGGGACCUGAGAAGAGAUGAGAUCGAGGAUGAUAUCAUCUUUAAUGGGACAAAUGUGGAAGAUUUUGAGAACAGCCUCACUCUGUGUGCGGAAAAGAAAGGAUGAAAGGAAGAUAAAAAACUAGAACAGAUGAUGGCGAGAGUGGACCCCAAGGAAUACGAGAGUAUGAGGAAGAUCAAAGAAGAGUCAGAUACCUGGGGAGAGUUUCUUGUCAAAUUCAGAAGAACCUACACUCUGGCCGUACAAAGACAGAAGAAAACGGAGUUACUUCAAGAGCAAGGAUUGUGGAUAGGGAGACGAGGAGACAAGCUGGAAAUGAAAGCUCGACAGGAGAUUGAUGAAGAUGAUGUACGCCUCAGACAUGUGCUUGAUAGAAAGAGGACAACAGUUCAGAAGGGAAAUGAAUAAGCAAACAAGAC